GGGGUCCUUUCCGGAAGUAGCUACCGUGGUUUCCUACAUCUUCGAGAUCAUGCAGACUAAACUCUUCUGGGGCGUGCCGGUGUCAGGCAGGUCUUUGGGCUGGUGGCGGUGGGUCUCCGACAGCUUCCUAAUAGUCUACGAAUACAGCGGCUUGCAGAUGGUCGUCGACCGCUUUAUCGUGCCACUGUUUGUCAAGAAAAAAGACCCAGAGGAAGAGGAAGAGGAGAAUAGAAGAAAACAAAAAUCCGUGGAAGCAGAUAUGAGGUCAAUGGAUGCUGGUUUGGAACAACAGAGAGUUCAAGAAGUAGAGCGCCUGCAUGAAGAAGAAACUGAGGAUUCCGCAGACACAAGCACAGAUAUGACCCACUUUAGGAACAGCAGAGACGAUAUACUAGCAGCUGCUGACCACCACGAGGAGCACUUAUUGUCUUCUUCAAGUGGUAAGGGUAACAACGUACAACACCUUCCAUCCCCAACAUCUGGCGCUGCACCCGGUCCUGCCUCAGCAGGGUUAUACAACGGUGAAUCUGGAGAUUGGGGAAAGGAAAGUGGCGUUGGGGAGGAUACACAUCUUCUGGUCGAAGCUGCUCAAGAGACGACCUACAAGAAUGAUAAAAAGAUGAAUCAACACGAGGACCAUAUUAUAAUACGAGGACCCCCACCAGAUAGACCCUCAGUCUCGUCGACCUCUACAUUUGGACAAAGUCCACCCGGAAUAUGCGCAGUAUUCGACAUCGAAGCAGACUCGUCAAGUAGUGACCCAUCGCCGACGGGGGAGAAAGGAAGGAGGAAACAAGAACAAGAGAAAGUAGCGGAUGAAGACGGGCAGGGACUUCUUAGUACAACUGCUCCAGAAGGAGGUCAUGAUCUUGGAGGAGGUGGAGAUCAACAAACUGUUGUGCUUGCAGGAGCUGGAGCGGCAAACUCGGCAAGCUUUAGUAGUCGUGGAACGGCAAACUCUGCAAGCUUUAGUAGUCGAUCGUCCUCCAGUUCUGCGUCGUCUGCGGCCGUCCAUGAUCAUUUUGGAACUCAUGGCGGCGAUCGCAUGGGGAAGCAUCAAUCUACCAGGCCUUUUGGGUUGCAUCCAGUGUCGUCGUCAUCAUCAUUGUCUUCAACCAGUAGCGCGUCAGAGCAACCUGUUAGAGGAGAUCCUACAGAUGCAAACGAAGGAGAUCCAGAUAGGAGCCAUCAUCACGGGCUCUCGCAUACUAGCAGUCUCUCUAGUAACUACAGCGGACGAGGUGUAGGUGCUGGCGUAAGUUUGACGAGUAGCAAUGGGGGAAGCAUGACCAUGAAUGGCAACUGCGGUACAACUAGUAGAGGAUCUGAUGCAGCACGUGCGAUGCGUUCUUCACGCUGUGUCAUGAGCACUGUGAUUGGAAGUAUCCACAUUGCCCCCAGCAGCACCCUUACUAUCUCGACCUCGACUCCCCCACAACCUCAAGCACCUUCACAAGCUCAUCCGCCAGUUGUCUCGACCUCGACUCCUCCACAACCUCAAGCACCUUCACAAGCUCAUCCGCCGGUUGUCGUACCACCGCUAAAGCUAGACACUCUGAAUCAGAAGAAGAACAUUCCUUUGCUCAGCAAAGAGGAGGAGAGCUUAAAUGCUGAUCUAGUACACGACGAUAAUCAAGGAGGUGGCGAAGCUGAGGAAGAAGACUUAAACCAUGGGAUGCGCUUAGGCGGUGGAUUUGUGCCGACACCACUAUCAACACCGGCUUCAGUAGAGAGGUCCGGCGAAAAUACAGCAGCUGUGGGUGAUGUGGGAUCAUCGUCUAGUAGUAGUAAUCAUGGUAAUCCAGUUACUAGUAUUACAGUAGACCAAAGCACAACUUCUACACCGACUAGAGGAGGACCACUUGUUGGGUCUGCACCAGCAUCGACGAAUGAAGAUGAUAUCGGUAGCAGUGCCGCAGCGAACAACGUCGAGCUUCAACCUGAGUCAAUAAUACCUGAGGAGGAAAUCGAAGUAGCAGCAGUAGCAGCAGGCGCAGCCGACCCUACUUCUGACACAGGCCAGCAGGGGACACGACAUCGACCUUCGCCACAGAAAAACAAAAACAAAAGGAAGAAGAAAUGAUAGCGUUGACGAAGAAAUUUCAACGAUCUGAACAACGAUAUCUUUCUUUACUACAUAGAUACUACAGGAGCUCGUGCCUGUCUAGUACGUAUUUAGACUAAACUUUUUCAUCCUAUUCCUUGGACUCUUAGUUGUAUAACUAUGUUACUUGUCCUUGACUCACCUGUUUGCUUUUGUACUACCAUAUCCAUACCUUGUAUUAAUUUUCCCGUUGGACUAUCACCCUCCUCUGUGUGAGCCAAGGUGUUGACACUUCGCACAAACACAAACUACAUACAUUUGACGACGUUUUCAUUUACCUUGUUUGGUAGUGCGACUUUUUGUUGUGCUACCUAUUGAAAUUUGAAAAAAUAUACACGGUCCCCAUUUCAUCUCAUCGUGCUCCUUUUUGAAGAUUUAUGACGCGCAAAGGAUGCGG